AUGGAUACAGCAUCGCCAAAGGUCGAAAAACGGAACAGGCCGCCCGUCUCUUGCGAGCCUUGCCGUAUCCGAAAACAGCAGCCGUGCGACACUUGUGUCAAACGAAAGCUUCAAAGUACCUGCCAUUAUGCUGCCAAUGCGGAGCGCAACAGACCAAAAGCUUCUAGUCAAGCCAGGUUGAAUGACAGACUCAAAGGCAUCGAGGAGCUGGUCUCUUCUUUGAUCAGUACUGGAAAUGCAGCCCAACUAGGCUCACUGUCCAGAGACAGUGAAGAGUCUGGACGUUCGCGUUAUGCCCUUGAAACCCCUCCAGUGUCAUCAGUGAGCGAUCGCUUUUCACCUAUGGGAGUUGCAAGCGGCCUUGGAAAAGAGUCACCUCGCUUUCUUCAUGACCAGAAUGGCGAAUCGGUUUACAUGGAGCCAAGUCAUUGGAUGUCAAUUCUACAAGACAUCAAAGACAUGCGAGCAGACUUGUCAUCCCACGGUUCUCUUGCAUCUAAUGAGCUUGCGAGUAGCCAAGAUCUCGGCUUGGAAUCCGACAUCAGCUUGGACAUUGCUCUACGGAAUACAUUGAGCAUUUCUGAUGUUUUAGACUCUCUUCCUUCUCAGUCUAUAUGCGAUGUUUUACUUUCUCAGUACUUCAAUUCUCGAUACAUGGUGCUGGGGAUUGUGCAUUAUGGAAAGUUCCGCACAGAUUACGAGCGAUUCUGGAAGGAUUCCCAAAAUUCAUCUUUUGGCUGGCUUGCCCUGCUAUUUUCCGUAUUAGCCAUGUCGACAAUACUUCGUCAAAACUCCCAAAUCCGAGUUGAAACCAGUCAGUCAAUGCCAUCCACCAGAUUCCUGCAACAAAUGACAGCCCAGUGCCUGGUUUCCGGUGGAUACGCAACUGCAAAGGAAGAUGCAUUGGAAGCACUGCUUCUCUACAUUCAAAGUCGCUUUAUGACUCAGACAAGCUCCAGUGCGCAGCUAUGGCUCGAACUCGGCACCGUUAUUCGGCUCGCACUUCGAAUGGGUUACCAUCGUGACCCGAAUGAGAUGACCAAUAUACCCAAAUUUGAGGGUGAAAUGCGCCGCCGUGUCUGGUUGCACAUCUUUCAGAUCGAUGCCCUGGCCUCUUUCCAGAUGGGUCUUCCGAGCAUGAUCCCUACGGAGUACUGUGACACACAAGUUCCAAGGAAUUUGUAUGACACAGACCUUUAUGUGGGCAUGGAGAACUUGCCUCCUUCGCGCCCCUAUGCAGACGUUACGCCCAUACUCUACGGCAUCGUGAAGUCUGGCAUCAUGAGGGUUUUCAAGAAGAUUGUUGCGAGCACACAAUCUCUUGCCACUCCUGGCUAUGAAGAGAUUCUUGCUCUGGAUCAUGAGAUGAAAGAAGUAUACGGGAAAACCCCAAACCUCUUCCUCCGGAGAGACAUUGGCGAAUCUUUCAUGGAUUCCUCUGACAUGAUUUUGGAGCGGUGCACGCUUGAGCUAUUGUAUCUGAAGGGCAUUGUGGUUCUUCAUCGACGCUAUAUACGAUACGAGCCCCAUGACCCCACAUUUGAACCCUCUCGGCGCUUUUGCUUGGAGGCUGCUCUGCAGAUUCUUGCUCGCCAAGCAGAUAUUUACCAAGCAAUCUUGCCCGGAGGACGCCUACACGAGGAUCGAUGGAUGGUUACUGUCCUGACCGUCCAUGACUUUCUCUUGGCAGCCAUGGUAGUCUGCCUCGAUCUUUCUGUCAGGAUGGAAACCCUUCAGCAAGAUGAUCAAAACUUCGCAUUGAGAAAGCUCCGCGCUCUUCAAAUCUCUCAGCAGAUAUGGGCAACGAAUGGCGACUUUCCUCCUCAGUCCCAUCUGGCAUCACUCACACUAGACCUGAUGAUUCAAAAAAUCAAUGCGGUCCAGGUCAAUCCUGAUCAAAGUCACCUGUCUCCAAACCCAGAACCAAAUUCCUUUCCGGGGAUCGAGCUGCCAUAUAUGGAGGCAAUGUCAGAUAUGAUUGACGGCACGGAGGCUCUGGACUGGUCCUUACUAGAUCAAUUCUUUCAAAAUCCGGGAGCGAAUUCGUCUUGA